AUGUCCGCUCCCAACGCAGGCCGUCAAUCUCCCUCCGAGGACCGCCAAUCAGGUGCCCAGCAGCGCGAUGUCCCAGGAAGUGGCAAGAUCGGGGGUUCCUCCUCGCGCCCAGAACCUGAAUUCUCGCAACAGUCAUCCGACAAAUCGAAGUCUGAUACAUUGGAAAGUAACCCGAAGCACCCACUAGAGGAUAUCGAGGCGGCGAAGUAUGCGAAGGGAUCAUCAUGA